GAGACGCGGCGCGUGGCAGCUUGCGUGGCAUGGCAGUUCUCGAGUGAAGGGUUGGGGUUGGGGGAUCUUUCCUUCGCUUACAAUAAUGUGCAAUGUGCACUCAGCGAUGGUUUUAGACCAGCAAUAAUAGGCAGUCACGUAGGCUGCAGUCUGUGUCUUUGCUUACAGCGCCGAGCGCCACGUGUGUGGCGUGGCCGCGCAGCUCUCCUCACCACGCUCGUCACGAGGCCGCAAGACUGCUGACUGCGUGUGGGGUGACUUUUCAGUCCUAGGCUGGAGCAGUUUGGAGCAAGGAAUCCAGCAUGGAGGAUGGGUCUGUCGGCGAUGGACUCUGACGACGAGAGACUGGAGAUCGACAUGUCCAACGGGCCAUCGUCGCAGCCAAGCUGUGCCGACGGCGGCGCCGGCGGCGAGUGGGGUCUGCGCUGUGCCGAGAGCGGGCCGUGGCAGGGCCGGGCCGCUCUGCUGCCCUCCAGCCCUGUCCGGCCUCCGCAGGAGGAGGAUCUCUGCACCGACCGGGGCGGAGACGGCGGCUCCAGGGAGGACGACUCUGUGCUGUGGUCUGGUCUGGACGGCGACUCACCUGCCGGGGACGCUGAUGGACCGGGGCGCAGUCCGGCGAGCGGCGCUGAUACUGAGGGCGAGGGGCCGCUGGAGGAGGGCGAGCUGGAGGACGGAGAACUGGAGGCAGGUGGAGAGGACGGCAGCGUCGAAACGGCGGCCGAUAAUGACGACGCUGUGAUCGAAGAGGAGUUUUUGGAGGUCGCCAAGCAUGUAAUUCCCGCACUGGAAGAACUGGAAGCUAUCAGUGGAGGAGAUAGCCGUGAUGCCAGUCCAAAUAAAGUGACAAGAAAGACCGGAAGUGACAAAAAGCGGCAAAGGCGCUCCAAAGAAGCACAUGCAGAAAAGCGGCCCUGCUCGCCCGAGCUGCUGGACGACGACUCCAGUGUAUACGUGCGCGGUGCCUCGCCAGUGCAGUACGAGUGGCCGAAGUGGUCCGACUACGACCCCGUCGUGACAAUGGACUACGACACAUACUACCAGCAGUACCAGCGGGGCUACGGCGCCACCGGACACCGGCCCAAGAAACGGCGCCUGGACAAACACAAACGCAAGUCAGACUCCAUCUGCAGCUUCUUCAUGCAAGGCAGCUGCUUCAAGGGAAAGAAGUGCCUGUUCUCUCACAAAGCUACUCCACCAUACCAGAAGAUGGAGUUAUGUAAAUUUUACGCCAGGGAGAGCUGUUUCAAGCGCGACCAUUGCUCCUACUUGCACAAGUCGUUUCCCUGCAAACUGUUUCACACUGGAGCGCAGUGUUUGACCGACUCAGAGUGCAAAUUCAGUCACGAGCCUCUCACAGACGUCACCCGGUCCAUCUUGCUGAAGCACAUCGAGUCGGCGCCGGAGGACAUCCUGGGCGACUUUCCGCGCAUGUACCGCACUCUGGCCCAGCGGCGCAUCAAUGUGGCGCUCGCCCAGCGGCGCAAGGGCCUGGAGCCGGACUUCACGUUCCCCAACCUGGAGCGGACCAGAUACGCGCACAUCGCCACCGAUAAGCGUUCCGCGACACCACCGCAUCGUGAGCGACGGUCGAGCGAGUCGCGGUCACGGCGCGACACAGCGACGGAGGCAGGCGACGGCGAGCGGGGCGGCCGGGGCACGGAGCGACGGCGUCGACGGCGUCACGGCGAGCGUCGCCGUCCGCGGGACCGUCGGGUAGUGACGGUGUGCGAGCCGGCGGAGCCCAUGGAGGUGGACGGGGAGCGGGGAGAGGGGCAGCUGGGGCAGCAGCACCAGAUCCCGGCGGACGGAGGAGUGUCGGUGGAAGGCGCGGCCGGAGCAGAUGAUGUUCUGCUCGGUCAGGCGGUGGACCGGCGGCUGCGGCAGCUGCGGCUACAGCAGCAGCAGCUGAGUGGGUCCAGAGAGCCGACGCCACAGCCGACCGACGACGACGCGCCUCCGGCCGACGAGCACUGGUACUCGAGCGAUGAGGACGGUCCGCCGCUUACUGACGUCCUGAGACGCAUCAGUGAGGAGUCGAUCGAGGCCAAGUUCUCCCCGGCGACCAGCGAGGAAGGCACGCCCACCAGCGGUGACGACGGCAGUGACGCAGCGGCCGAUGACGUCGCUGGUACGGCGGAUGACGUCACUGGCACGGCUGAUGACGACACCAUGGACCCGGUGGAGGCUAUCAGCCAGCUGUUGAAGGCUAUUCAGAACAGCACUACUGAAGAAGACUGGAGGUCUCUGGGUGAGCACCCGUCGCAGAAUCCGGACUCGAGCGUUCAGCACCGCCCGCCUCAGGACACCGACUACAGCGGCCAGCAGCGCCCGACUACGGACACCGACUACAGCGGUCAUCAGGGCUCCCCACGAAACAUCGGCCAGCAUCGCUCCCUGCCGGGGGAUGCUGCAGCUUCAGGGACGGCCGACAGCGACCAUUCCAGUUCCUGUCAGAUGGAUACGACUAACGACUGGACGGAGAAACGUCCGCAGGCGAACGAUGAAGACCUCAGGCUGCAGGAUGAAGAUCUACGCUCUCGAGACAAGUUCGGCUUCGGUGGCGGGGAUGUGUAUCCAAGAGACGAGGAUUCGCGCUCAAAAGACGAAGACUGGAGAGUGAGGGUCGCCAAAACGCAGCCCAAGCUUCGUUCGAGUGACCAGUUCGUAAACCAGGAUAUGGACGUUUCCUCCCGAGAUGAGGGCCUGCGCGCUGGACACAGCCCGCUGCACCCUAAUGGCCUCUGUAGCGAGGGCUCUCCCCGGCCUUUGCCCGCACUAUGCCUCCCCCUCGGAGACCGAGACCUGCCCCUGACCGGUACGCCGCGCUGGCCGGGCACUGACGACUUGUCGCUGCCGUUCGCACCCGUUCACUUCCAGCCGUGUGUCGAGAUCGACGCGUCGGUGGCGACCGGCGGCGUCCGCCUACCGUGGCGCCUGACGGGUGUCCUCGCCUCCGGCACAGACUACGCCCGGCUACGGCAGAGACCGCCGGCUGCGGCCAGCCGCUCCGACCCCCGACUGCGAACGCCGCCACCGCCGCCGCAGCAGCAGAGGGAGCAGCAGCAGCAGCAGCAGCGCCGGCGGUCCGGAGAGGAAGCGGAACAACGCGCAGCUCCAGACCGAGAGGGAAAGGACGAUAGAGAGACCUGUGGUAAAGAAGGCUCCGGCAACGUGACAUCUAAGGGCCCGACACUGGGACAGAUGCAGGCGAUGGACCAGCAUAACGGCAAAAGGACGGAGACGCCAUCCGCCGCGUCCACAGCGGGGCAGACCAUGGCGCCCAUCUGUGACCCUCUUCAGAAGCCGAGGGACCCUCGUCAGGCGCCCCAGCAUCAGUACGUUCCAAGAGACGCUCCUCAGGCGCCCCAGCAUCCACACGUUGCAAAGGAUCUUUGCCAGGCGCCCCAAGACGCGAGGCCAAGAGACCCUCGUCAGGCAUCUCAAGAUCCACACGUGCCGCCAAGAGAUCCUCGCCAAGCAUCCCAGGAUUCACACGUGCCAAGAGACCCUCGCCAAGCUCCCCUGGACCCUCGCGUGCCAAGGGAUCCUCGUCAGGUCCCCCAGAAUCCACACGUGCCGCCCAGGGACCCACGCCAGGUCCCAAAUGACCCCAAGCGGGCACCUGUGGAUCCUCGCCAAGCGAAUGUGACGGGUCUCUGUCAGAAUAUGUCACUGGAUACAAACAUUCCUAAGGAUCCUCGUCAGGUUCCAAACGCACCUAAAGGGUCACCGGUGGAUCCUCGUCAAGCGAAUGUGAUGGGAUCUUGUCCAAAGUCAGCAACUCCACACCUACCUCCCAUGGACACUAGUCAGUGCGGCAUCGUUCCUACCAGUCCAGCGUCGCUCCUGGCCAAGCCCCCGCCGCCGGGGGUCCCCCAGCUAACUGAGCUAACCUCAGUGGACCAAGCAGCCGGGAUGACCGAUCCACGCCACCGGCUAUGGAUGACGGCUUCUCAGCAGACCUGGAGCGGUUCACAGGCUACUGUGGUUCAACCUCAGACGGUGUGCACUCCGUGUCACCCUCCUCCGGAGCAGGCGUUCUACCAGACCCUGCCCCCGAGCCAGCAGACGAGCCAGCAGACGAGCCAGCAGCCGCUCUUCUACCCGGCUCCGCCGCCCAGCCAGCAGAUGUUGCACCAGCCGCCCCCAGUACCGAGUCAUCGGCUGCAGGGGCACCAACUGAACCAGCCGCUGGCCGCUCAACAGCACCAGUCGCUGGCCAGUCACCAGCUACACCAGCCGCUGGCUAAUCACCAGCACCAGCCGCCCCAGAUCCCGGCUCAGCGCCAGCCCCAGCAGGCGCCGUCGACCCAACAUCUGUUCCCGGCGUACCCGCCGCCUUUUCAGCACCAGCUGCACCAGACUGCUCCGCCCCCGCCGGUCGGCCCUCCGUCCACUCAGUCUCACCAGCUGCACCAGCCGUCGGCGGGACCGCACCAGACUGCCCCGUCCCAGCCGACCGGCCCUCCGUCUGCUCAGUCUCACCAGUUUCCCCAGACGGCUCCGCCCCAGCCGGCUGGCCCUCCGUCCAGUCACUGUCACCAGGUGUACCAGCCGCAGACCAGUCAGCAGCAGAGCGCCCUGCAGCAGAAUGGUGUCGGUAUCGCGGCGUCUCAGCCGGCGCCGCCGCAGCAGAAGCAGCAAAUAUACCAGUUUCCACCGGUGUAUCAGCGGCCGCCACCCACUAGCCAGCAGUCCUUACAGCAGCCCAUACAUCAGCAGCUGUCAACAAGCCAGCAGUCCCGAGCGUAUCAGCAUCAGCCGCCGAGCCAGCAGCCUGGACCCCAGACCGCACAGCGACAGCCGUCAACAAAGCAGCAGUCUGUUUAUGCCCCGAAAUCCACACAGCAGCUGCAACCCGGGCACCAGCAGCCGCCGUCUAGUCAGCAGCCUGAGUAUCAGCAGGCCGUUCGUCAGCCUCCGCCGCCGCCGAGUCCGCAACCUUUGUGCGUCCGACAGCCGAUACUCCAGCAGCCUAUACAACAGCAGUCCGUACACCAGCCGCCGCUGCCGAACCAGCAGCCUGGACACCAGCAGCCGCCUCCGAGCAUUCAACUGGGCUAUCAGCAGCCGCCGCCAAGCCAGCAAUCUGGCCAUCAGCAGCCGCCGCCAAGCCAGCAAUCUGGCCAUCAGCAGCCGCCGCUGGGGCAGCAAUCCGUACAUGAGAUACCGCUGCCUCCGACCCAGCCGAAACCAAAGUCGGCUCAGCAGCAGCCACAGACGAGCCAGCAGCUCGCACGGCAGCCGCCGCCGCCGCCGCCAAGCCAGCAGCCUUUGUAUCAGCAGUCUGCACAGCAGCAGCAGCAACCAGUGCCGAGGCAGCAGUCUGUGCGCCAGCGUCCGCCGAGCCAGCAAACUGUUAACCAGCAGCAGUCGCAGUCGAGCCAGGCGGCUCUGAGCGUGUCUGCCUCCGGUCGAGUCGGCCGAGCAGUCGGCAGCCCCGGACUGCUGGGAGCCAGCCCGACCCGGCCGGCUGUGCCCCGCCCGCUGCUGGCGGCUGGCCUGCCCCCGGGCCGACGAUCGGCAGCCACCUCACCGGUGCUGUCCCGCCCGCUGCUGGCUGCGGCCGGCCGCACGCCGCCCGGCGGCCUGCUGCCGCGGCCCGGCGCCUCGCUGCUGGGCCGUCCACCGCCGCUGCUGGCCACCCCGGUCAGCCGGCCAACGGGCGUGCUGGCCGCGCGGGGACUGUCCGCCGGCUCUGUCCCGCACUGAGAGACGACAUAGCGUGUCAGCUGCCGUGCCAGGUCAGUGAGUGAGGCAGAGAGACUGGCGGACUGCGUCCCGCCCGACCUCACACACAUAUCGCAGCCAAGUGAUCAUAUCGGCCCUAGUGCCAUAGUUAGAUGGCGUCGUGUGAUCUGGAUAGCCAAGCCUCUUCUGUAAAUGAUGGUACAAAUGGUGUGAUAUCAGAUUUUGUGUUUAACAAGUGACGUGUUGAUUAUGCAUCACGAACAAUGCACAUAUGUUGUACCGUAUAAUAAACCCGGUUGCUCGUGGUUUUA